UUUGUUGUGACGUCAGCAGUUUCGUUGACGAUCAAAAUGAAGGCGCACACGUGUUAACUCAGAGCCGAAAAAUGACAAAGCAUGAAAAUAAUGUUUCAUCCAGCGCAAUAUUUAUUUGUUCCUUUCCUGACUGUCAAGCGUCAUACAACAAAGCAUGGAAGCUAGAAGCGCAUCUCUGCAAACAUACAGGGGAGAGGCCAUUUAAGUGCGAAUAUGACGAUUGCAGCAAAUCUUUCUGCACGAAAUAUCACCUUGCUCGUCACACGCUGACGCAUACCGGAGAAAGACCGUACAAAUGCACGGAGGACGGAUGCAAAGAAGGAUUCACCACAAACACCAACCUGAAGAAACAUAUUUCACGUAUUCACAGACAAGAGACAAAACAGUACAUAUGCACAUUUGAAGGAUGUGGCAAAGCAUUCAAGAAGAAUAACCAGCUGAAAACCCAUGAGUGUACACACACACAGCUGCUACCGUUCUUGUGCUCGUAUGAAGGCUGCGGGAGACGUUUCUCACAGCGUGGUAAACUGAAGCGCCAUGAGAAGGUACACAAAGGCUAUUCCUGCACGGCUGCGGGCUGCUCAUUUGUGGGAAAGAACUGGACCGAGAUGACAAACCACAACAAAGUUCAUAUAGUCCGGGUACAGUGUGAUCAGUGUAAGAAAACAUUCAGGGAUAGCUGGUUCCUGAAGCAGCAUCUACAUGUUCACUCUAAAGAGCGCCUGGUCUUCCACUGCCCCAGAGACGGAUGUUCCCGCUCAUACACCACUGCGUUCAACCUGCAGAGCCACAUACUCUCCUUCCAUGAAGAGCAGCGCUUCUUCACCUGCACUCACCCUGGCUGUGGCAAGUCCUUUUCCAUGAAGCAAAGUUUACAGCGCCACGGUGUGGUUCAUGACCCUGAAAAGAAACAGCUCAAGCCUCGUCCAAAACGUUCCCUGGCAUCCCGUUUGAGUGGUCACAAACCAAAAACAAAACGUCAAGCAAAAACUUCAAAUUCAGAUGAACCUUCAAUGCCACACAUUAGCCAGUCCGAGUCAACUACAAAUCCUCAAUUAAUAGGUCAGCUGCAAUCACUCAGCUCUCAAAGUUUGACAAUCCUAAAAGCAGACAACCCAGAAACCUGCUCCCAGAGUUUAAAAUCUGAGACCAUUAAAUCUGAGAGUGUUGUCAGCCAAUCAAAAAACAUUUAUUCUGAGUUCAACAACACUGCAAAACCAGUGGUCCACCUUUUAGAGCCCCUCUUACUGUAGAGUUCAGGUUAAUUCCCAGUGAACCCAAUAGUUUUAAUUUCACCCCACCGGCUUGCUCCAAUGUAAAUAUACUUUUGCAUUGAAAGUUGCAUAGAUGUUUACUGUUGCUUUAAGUCUUUUGGCUCCUCUGAGACCCCAACAUCUCCUGGUACCUCCACCACAAAAUCCGGUUUUAAAGUCUUCUUCAAAGUCUCUGCUUCCAUUUUCUGCAGUUCUUUAGCAGAGGCAAGCCGAAGGACGCACAUGGCACCACGACCCCCACGAACCACAGAGGGUUUUGAUACAAAGCCAAUAGGAAUUGAUAUCUUCUCCACCAUCUGAGUUAGGACUUUAUCCUGUUUAGAAAAAAAAAAAAUGAAGAAAAUCAUGAAAUCUAGCUACCAGUGAAUUAUACCCGUCCUCAUUUUCAAAGCAUUUUAGUGUUAUAGUAAAAGCAAAUGUAACUUAUGUUGCUGGUUCAUUUAAACGUAUACAUUCAUGUAUAAAUAAACUAAUUGUGUAAACUUGGA